GAGCCCAGCACAGUACCUGGCGUUUACCAGUUGGUCAACGAAUAUCUGUUGAGUGAAUGAAUGAAUGAAUGAGAAAUGUCCCUUGGGGUGGUGGUUUAGACCGACCUAAAAGCACUGGGAUGGAGAGUAGGGAGAAAGAUGAUCUUCUGGUAAGUGGGCAGGGAGGGCCCCCGAGGAUGGGAGUUGACUGUGAGCAAUAAACGUGGGCGAGAACUUUCCGUUCUGCAGGGACGCCCUGUGAGGCCCAAAGGUCAGUUGUCUGGGGAGUAGGGUGGGCGGAAUCAGAUCAAGGAAGGUUCAGGUCUGAGGUCCUUGGACAACCAGAGGCUCCGUGACAAUAAGUGACAGCCGGAGAAUCUGGGGACAUCCAUCUCUCCACGCUUAGUUCCCUUUGUCCCACUGCCCUGGGCAGUGGGAAGAUAAAGGGAUGCAGUGAGAAAAGGAGCGAGUGUCCAUGCCUUGGGCAUGGAGAUGCCCUAAUCCCAGCGCGGCGGUGACAGCGUCUCUGGUGAGCAACUCUUACGCGGAGGGUCAUUCUGGGCAACGUAGCGGGGGCCUGGGGCCCGGCCGCACCGGGCGUGGGCAUCCGGGGAGGAAGGGGUGUAGCGGGCUAGGGCAGGGCGGGUUUCCUUUCGCUCGCCCUACGGGGGCAGAUUCGGCGGUGCGGGGCGGCGCCACACCGCACACUCCCAGGUGCACACGGCUCGGCUGCGCGCUGGGAGCUGGCCGGCGGUCCGCACCAGGCCGGGACCACUCGCAGGGCACCCGGGACCAGCAACCUCCAGAAGACCGGCUGCGGCUCCCGAAUUUACUGCUCUCGCGAGAUUUUCGGAGAUCCGGCCGCGAAGCCCGCCUACGCGGUUGCCAAGGCAACUGGGCGGUGCCAGCGCGAGCGGGAAGGAGGCGUCUGUCGAGUUUCUGUGUGCUGGCCUCGGAGACUUCAGGAGUGGCCAUCCCUGAACUUCCAGCCCCUGAGACCACGGCCUCCGCUCCAGGCAGUGCCUCUGCCGCUGGAGGCCAUGGGCCGGAUCUCAGGACUCGUGCCUUCUCGCUUCCUGACGCUCCUGGCGCAUCUGGUGGUCGUCAUCACCUUAUUCUGGUCCCGGACUGGUGGCCGCGCUCUCUGUCACCCUGGGCCUCUUUGCAGUGGAGCUGGCCGGUUUCUUCUCAGGAGUUUCCAUGUUCAACAGCACCCAGAGCCUCAUCUUCUCAAGCCAUUGGAGCUCACUGUAGUGCAUCUGUGGCCCUCUCCUUUUUCAUAUUCGAGCGUUGGGAGUGCACUACAUACUGGUACAUUUUUGUCUUCUGCAGUGCCCUCCCAGCUGUCACCGAAAUGGCAUUAUUCAUCAGCGUUUUUGGGCUGAAAAAGAAACCUUUCUGACCACCUUUAUGACGGGAACGUACAGAUGAAGGCUGGAGGAGCGAGGGACCAUUCACCGUUCCUGGAAGAAGGCAGCGCUAGGCUUCCGCGCUGCGACUGAAACUAUUUGGUGGAAGAUGUCAGCGUUAGUAGUGUUAGGGUAAUUUUCUCUCGCGUCUAGGAUUAUCAACGUUUUAUUUAGCCCUUUGUAAUAAAAUAUAUUUUAGAGUAAGAUCAAGACUUGUAAAAAUUUCAGGGGAGGAUCGGGGUGGCCAAACUACUGGAGAAACGGAAGGUUGUUUUCCAGCUUUGCAGACUGUAAGGUAAGUAUCGCUUUUAUUUUGGUUAUUACGGUAGCUGUCUGGCGAAGGGAGUGGGCGGAGAUAUGUAAAUAGGCGGCUCCUACGGCUAGGACUCCAAGCUCGUAAGUGAGUGGAGCAUUCUGGGAGGAAUUAAUUUAUCCCUUUUGGUAGCCAAAUGGAAACAAAUAUAUUUUAGCUGAUCUGCAAAUAAAUGUCGCAACAUAAGUGGAGGAACCUAAAUAACCAUUUGCUCAGGCUAAUGCGUUAUAUACUCGCCCUAGCUGUUAGUGGAAUCUUUUUCACUGAGUACGGGAUGCAUUGAAGAUGCUGAAUAUCGUCAGGUAGGAUAAUCCUUACCUGUUCCUCCUUUGGGGGGCAGAUUGGAAAAUGAUGAUUGGAGUGCGCAUGAUUCGUGAUUAGCGUCUCUGCGUAAUCAGGACUUGCAACACCCUGAUUGCUCCUGUCUGAUUCUUCCUGACGAUCCUACUUUUUCAUGCUGUGUUUAUAUUCAGGGUCAGAGUUGUAGUUUUUCGCUGACACCCGUGUGGUGAUAUUGUUAGCGUGAUUGUUAUUUUAAACUUUUGUGUCACAGUGACGGCUAACUGGGUUUAAAAUGUUCCGAUACUUAAUGAUGAAGCAGGGCUGGAUAUCUUGGUACAGAUGGGUUCUUUGUAUGAAGUCAGAUUUGCCAGUAGGUUUUGUUUGUUUCUGAGAGUGUCAUCGCUAAGGGGCUAGUCUUGUAUGUAGUUCUGGGGUCUAUUGGUUUUCUGUUUUCAAAGCUUAAAUGAGCAGAGCAUGUUUACGUAUGUCUGAUUUCCUAUGAAAUGAUCGUUCGUGCCAGUUGUACUUGCUGUCACAAAUGGUUUAUUGUCAAACCUUCCAUCCCACCAC